AUGUCGCACAAUCACAAUCACAAUCAUGCUAAUUGCAGCGACGAGAGUCAUGACCAUGACCACGACCACGACCAUUCGAUUCAAGAAAGUGGUCCCCGAGACAACCUUUUCAUUCAUAUUGACCGCUCGAAUGUCGUCGCACUGAAUGCUAUAGGAGAGGGAUCGGCAGUCAUCAAGCCAUGGAAUAACCGGCUCGACGAGGAAAUAUUCCUCGAAUCCGAUGCAGAUGAUCAAUUGAUUAUACGUGUCCCUUUCACAGGAUCCGUAAAACUUCGAUCGAUUUUGUUAAAAACCGGGCCUGGAGACCAAACGCCUGCGAAAGUGUCUCUGUUCGCCAAUGAGGACAAUCUCGACUUUUCCGACGCCAAUGAAAAAACGCCUACUCAGGAGUUUACUAUACCUCAGGGUAGGGAAGCAGGAGAGUACACAGUCAAACCCUCGAGAUUCCCCAAUGUCUCUUCAAUCACGCUCUUCUUCCCAUCGUCUCAGGGCGCAGACAGCACUCGCAUUUAUUACGUCGGUUUUUUGGGGCAUUGGAGCGAGCGCAAAACAGAACCGGUGAUAACCGUGUACGAGACACAAGCCAAUCUGGCAGACCACGAGAAAAUUCCGGGCACGGAAGGUAACUUCAGCGCAUCCGGAACUUAG